UCAUCUGCACCAUUAAACUUGAUUUAGGUUUAUAUGGACGUAUUUUAACUUUUUUGGAUAUCCGUUUAAUUCAUUGCGUUAUAUUUGAGAACUUGUGGUGGGACGGAUGACCAAAAUUGGAAUCACAGAUCUGAACGGAAACUAUUAAUUGGGCGGAGAAUUCUAUGCCCUAUAGCUGUAGAUUUAUAAACUUAAGAAACCCUAUUUGUGGUUCAUUGUUAGAAGAGUUAGAGAUCCAUCUUCUGGUUUUGAAGUUUUGAGUUUCGAGGGAUGGGUUUGCGUAAGCCUCGUAGAAGAAAGAUGUAUGGGUUCAGUCAAUUCUCAAUGGGAACAGAAUGUGUCCAGGGUUGCUUAAAAGAAGAACAUCCUGGAAUCUUGAGUCAUGAAAGGUUUCAGCACGAUACUCCCUCUAGCAUAAGUAGGGGAUCAAAUGCUGCUUCAAUAGUUUCAAGCAGUAAUGUCAUGGAAGCGACUAACGAUGCACAACAGGUAAAAAUGGGUAUUCAGCCUAGAAAUUGUAAGGAAGUGAAGGUUAAGCGGUCUCUUCAGCAUAAAAACUGGGUGGAUUAUGGGCUAUUCAGUAUUAGUUCUGAAGAGAAAUCUGAUUGUGAAAAGUCCAUGAAGGAACGAACGAUGAGAUGCACCCAGCAAACUGAUGGCACCAUCGAAUGCUCAGGCAGUCCUCGAAGUCAAAAGGUAUUUACUGGAUGGCAUCCAGAAGAAGCAUGCAGGCCAAUCAUUGAGGAUGCUCCUGUUUUUUAUCCCAAUGAAGAGGAAUUUGAAGAUACUAUUGGUUACAUAGCAAAGAUACGCAAGAUAGCUGAGCCAUAUGGCAUAUGCCGGAUUGUGCCUCCUUCUUCAUGGAAGCCACCCUGCCCUUUAAGAGAUAUGAGCAUAUGGGAACAUGCAAAGUUUUCUACACGUGUUCAGCAAGUAGAUUUACUUCAGAACAGGGAGCCCAUGAGAAAGAAAUACAAAAGUCGUAGCCAAAGGAAGCGCAAAAGAAGACGGUGUUCAGGGAUGGAAACAACUCGGAGACGGACCAGUUCAGAAGCUUAUGAAGCCAGUGAAUGUGUUGCUUCUGACAUGGAUGAGAAGUUUGGGUUCCAAAGCGGUUCAGAUUUUACACUUGAAGACUUUCAGAAACAUGCAUAUGAUUUCAAAAAGCAUUAUUUUGGAAUGAAGGAUGGUGAAGAGAACUUAAAUUUUGUCAGUGUUGAACCCAAUAAGAGCUGGGUGCCAUCAGUAGAGGAUAUCGAAGGUGAAUAUUGGCGGAUAAUUGAGAAACCAACGGACGAGGUUGAGGUUUACUAUGGUGCUGAUUUGGAAACCGGAGUGUUUGGAAGUGGAUUUCCUAAGUUGUCAUCCUCAGUAACUGGAAGCAACUCAGAUCGGUAUGUGGCGUCAGGGUGGAAUUUAAAUAACAUUCCUCGCCUACCAGGAUCUGUACUGUGUUUUGAAAAAGAAGAUAUUUCAGGGGUUCUAGUGCCAUGGUUAUAUAUUGGGAUGUGCUUCUCAUCCUUUUGUUGGCAUGUUGAGGACCAUCACCUUUACUCUCUAAACUAUCUUCAUUGGGGUGACCCAAAACUAUGGUAUGGAAUCCCUGGAAGCAGUGCUGUGGAAUUGGAGAAUGCCAUGAGAAAGCAUUUACCAGAUCUGUUUGAAGAACAACCUGACUUACUUCAUGAACUGGUUACUCAGUUAUCCCCAUCAGUUUUAAAAUCUGAGGGUGUUCCAGUUUACCGAGCUGUCCAACAUUCUGGAGAAUUUGUUCUCACAUUUCCGCGGGCAUACCACUCUGGCUUCAACUGCGGCUUCAACUGUGCGGAGGCUGUGAAUGUUGCUCCAGUUGAUUGGUUACCACAUGGACAAAGUGCUGUGGAGCUCUACAGUGAGCAAUGUCGCAAGACAUCUGUAUCCCAUGACAAGCUGCUGCUAGGGGCAGCUCGUGAAGCUGUACGGGCUCUUUGGGAGCUCUUAGUACUGAGGAAGGAAAGUACGGAAAAUUUAAGUUGGAAAAGUGUCUGUGGUAAGGAUGGGGUACUCACAAAGGCUAUUAAGAUCCGAGUUGAUAUGGAGCAUGAAAGAAUAGACUCUCUUCCGAUAUUUUUGCGGUCCCGAAAAAUGGACAGAGACUUUGAUUCAACUCAUGAUAGAGAAUGUUUUUUGUGCUUCUAUGACUUACACCUAUCUGCUGCAAGUUGCAAGUGCUCUUCUGACCGCUUUGCAUGUCUUAAACAUGCAAACCUUCUCUGUCCGUGUGAAAUAGGACAGAGAUUUAUUCUUUUCCGCUAUGACUUGGAUGAAUUGGACAUUCUGGUUGAAGCUUUAGAAGGUGAAUUGAAUUCUCUCAGUCAGUGGGCCUUGAAGAACCUUGGAUUGGUUACAGUCAAUCACACUGAUGCUGGCAUCCAUAAGCUCGACCACGCGAGUGAGGGAACUAGGCCUGAUUGUCUGGUGCAAAAGGAAAGAAGUUUUUCUUGUUCCCAUGGAAUGAAAGAAAUCCCUUAUGUUAACAAGACUCGCAAAUCUGAUCUUCAUAAUUCUGCAGAAGUAAUUUUUCCAAAAUGGAAACAGGGAUCAUCUAGUUUAUGCGGACCUUGUGUCAAGCCAGAAGUAGGGAAUGAGGUCUUGAAUAAGGGAACUCUCAUCAUGACAGAUGAGGGUGGACAACAGCAGGAGAGGUAUAUUGAUUUAAAUCUGGAGAGUCUGUGGGAUGAACAUGGAAGUGGGGUGCAAGAAAUGCCUGAUGGUGUUAAUAAUAAAAACUCUCUUAAUGUGGCUGAGUCCUGUCUAUCAGUGGUUAAGAAACAGAAAGUUCUUGGUUCAGAUGUAUUAGAAACCGGAAUAGUGGGUUCUGACAGUGGCGGAAGGUCCCAUUCUAUUCCUACCAAGUCAAUUUCUGAUUGCAGCUCGUCAGUCUCUCAUAGUCAUUCUGUUGAGUUAAAUUCUUCUUUUGUUCUUUCCAACACAAAUCACCCAUCAUGUUCAAGGGAUGCUGGACAACAGUGUAGUGGUAAUAAGCUGUUUGGAGUUGAUCUUUGGACUUCCCAUCUAGAUUCAUCUUCACCCUUAAGCACCAUCGUCAAAACUAACACUAAUGUUUCCAGUCCUUGCCUGAAGACUUCUCCAAAUGGACCACCAAUGCAAAAGUUGGAUUUAAAUGUCGAGGCUAUAAGCUUUGGAGCAGUUGUUCCCAGCAAGCUGUGGUGCAAUAAGCGCACCAUAUUCCCAAAAGGGUUUAAGAGCCGUAUCAGAUUCUUUAGUGUGCUUAAUCCAACACAAAUGUGCAGCUAUAUUUCAGAAGUCCUGGAUGCUGGCCUCCUUGGACCUCUUUUCAAGGUUACGGUUGAGGAAUGCCCAAGUGAGGCCUUCACCAAUGUCUCAGCUGAGAAGUGCUGGGAAAUGGUGCUAGAUAGACUAAACCAAGAAGUAUUAAGACAGAAAAUAAUUGGAAAAGGAUUGCCACCUUUGCACUGUUUGCAAAGCCUUGAUGGGUUUGAAAUGUUUGGAUUUUUGUCUCCACCAAUUAUUCAGGCUAUCGAGGCACUUGAUCCUAAUCAUAAAUGCUUGGAGUACUGGAACCAGAAGCUGGGAUUGGAAGGGGAAGAUUUGAAUAACCUCCCCACGGCGCAUUCUGUGGUUUUGGGCAACGAGGAUAAUGGCAAGGAAUGCCAUUUCAGAUCUAGUAUUUCUGCAGAGGAAACAAAACCGAAGAUCCUCGGUCUAGAUUUCAUAAAAUUCGAUCAGAAUAAAUCAAAUUUAGACAUCCAUUCUGUUGAUGACUUGCAGUCAGUGUUGGGAGGAUUGUUCAAGAAAGCAAAUCCUGAUGAACUGAAGAUGUUGCACAGGAUAUUCUACAGUGACUCAUGGAGCACCGAGUGGCAAGCGGCAGUUAGGACUUUGAAUCUAGAGAUGGAGAAAACUGUAAAUAAAAAAUAGAGCAGACAAAAAGAAAAGGAGAUGGCUACAAUUCUUUCCUGUCAGGUAAUCUUUUCAUUUACUUUUACAUCUAAAUCCCCCCCCCCCCCCACAAUUUUAUUAGGUCCAUUCUUUCAACUGCCAUAGAUAUCAUAAGCGCCUGUCUAGGACGCAUGAUCAUAUGGUCCUUUAAUCUGAUCUCAUUAACUGGUCAUAAUCCAGGCUUCUUGUAAAUUAGAACUAUGAAUUAGUGUUCAAAGCUAUUGACUUUUACA